AUGAGUCUCUGCAGCACCAUGCAUCGUUCAGUGACAUCAUCCGCCACCCUCCUCCGCCAGGCUUUGCCCUCGGCAGGCCCCCGCGGCGCUCUACGCUGCUUCUCAUCUUACGGAAACACAUAUCAGUCCUCGAAGCGGGACAUGCAGACUGCGACCGCCUACCGACCUCAUACACUUCCUUCCUCUUUCCCGGUGCCUCGCAGCUCCGCCGGACAAGACACUUCGAUCUCCGCCGAAUUCUCUCUCCCGUCCGACAUUUCCAAGCCCUCGUCACAAUCUCAGUCAUCCCAGGUCAGCGUACGUGAAGGGGAAGCUCAGAAGUCCAAAUCUGUGUCGCCCACAACAUCCAAGACUUCCCAGACUUCUCAGACUUCCCCGAAACCUCGUCGGCCAUUGCGGGCAAGAAAGGCUGCCAUGAAAGUGACCCCGCUGGCUAUUCAGCAAUUACGCAAGCUCAUGGAUAACCCCGAACCGAAGUACAUUCGAGUAGGUGUUAAGAACCGUGGCUGUUCAGGCCUGGCAUACCACCUCGAGUAUGUAGAGAAGCCGGGCAAAUUCGACGAAGUAGUGGAACAAGACGGAGUGAAGGUUUUGAUCGACAGCAAGGCCUUAUUCAGCAUCAUCGGCAGUGAAAUGGACUGGCACCAGGAUAAGCUGAGCCAGCGCUUCGUCUUCAAUAACCCCAACAUCAAGGAAUCAUGCGGGUGCGGAGAGUCCUUCAUGGUCUAA